AAUGUUUUUAAAAGUUAUUUUAAAAAUAAAAUUUUUAAAGAUUGACUAAUUAAAGUGAAUAGACAUGUUCGGUUGGUGAAUCCCUAAACUCUCAGUGACCAACAGCCACAUCAACAAAAAAAACUAAACCCUAAUGACGCCGCCUCAUCUCCUCAACAAUUCCACGCGAAUUCCAGAUUUUCCGGCCAAAAGUGGCAAAUUUUCAACACGUCUUCAUUCGUGCAGCCCGUGUCCGCCCUAUUCGGGUAAUGAAAUUAAUGGAAUUUGUCCCUUUUCUCCCUCUCCAGCUAAUAGCAACAGUAACCCCUUACCUUUUUCAUUUUCUUUCUUCCUUCCAAGAGAAGUUUGGGAUUUCAAACGAAAUUUAACUAAUUCCAGUUCAAAUAUUUGUCCCACAUCGCUCAAAUUUUUUAAAACACUAGAAUUUGGGGUUCUAUUUAGAACCCCUUACCCAUUCAACAAAAAACCAAUUUUGAAGGGCUAGAACAAGUUUUCUUACAAAGAAAUUUUGGAAUAAGGAUUCUUAUCCUAAACCAAUUUUCUGAGUUUAAAGUUCUAAAACUUAAGUUCAUUUUCACUUAAAUUUUCUCUCGUCUUCUUUCGAGUGUUCAAAUCUUUGGUGAAAGGAAGCAUUUUCGCUUUCGUCGUCCUAGUCGCUGACUUCGCAACAGUUUUUGGGCGAAACAGGAAUCGAGUUUGGACGAGCGUAGGAUGCAACCAAGGUACAGACGCACCCGGUGAUACGCCGCCAGUCUAGGGCACAGAUUCUGCUAUUUUGGAGAGCUCCUUUGAUCCGGAGCGUGUAAUUUUGCGAUGCCUCCAAAGAAGGCGACGGCCGCCCAGAAGAGCAAAGCGGUGCCAGAGACAGGGGAGACUAGCCGGGCCCAGAGAGUUACUAGAGCCCGCACCCAGACCAUGCCCGACGUUGUGCCCCAGUCAGAGGGUUCUACUGUACCACUACCGGAGGGGCCGGAGGCAGUUCCACCAGUAGCCCCGGAAGCCCCAGCUCCCCAACCAGAAACUGAGAACAGGACUUUCAGGGAGGCCGUGCAGCUGUUGACGACGAUAGUGGCAGGGCAGGCUUGCGGACGCGGGCGGAGAGGUGAGGAUGAUGAUGACAGGCGUGAUAGCCUGCGAGUCCGUGAUUUUCUGACAUGCGGUCCCCCAGAGUUUUUCGGGACAAAGCCCGAGGAGGACCCCCAUGACUUCAUUCGGGGGAUGAGGCGCUCAUUGGGACUGGUUAGGGCUUCGGAGACCGAGUCCGUUGAGCUAGCCUCGCACAGACUACGGGAUGUGGCGGCUAAUUGGUAUGAGUCCUGGGAGCUGUCCAGGGGUGAGGGUGCUCCCCCAGCUACCUGGGAUGAGUUUGUGGCCGCAUUUCUUCGCCAUUUUCUCCCUCCAGAGCUGCGACGGGCGAGAGUUGAUAGGUUUUUGCAGCUAAAGCAAAGAGGCAGGAGUAUUCGGGAGUAUAAUUUAGAGUUUGAUUCCCUAGCCCGAUAUGCUGCUACUAUCGUAGCCGAUAUGGAGGACAAAAUGCACCGGUAUGUGAUGGGGCUAGACGAUUACCUGGUUGAUGGUUGUAUGGCGAUGGCGUCGCAGACUGAUAUGGACAUCGCCCGGUUACAGGCUUAUACGCAGGGCAUGGAGGACCGGCGCAGCGUGCGACAGCCAGAUAGCGAUCAUGAUAGGAGACGGCCUAAAAGGGCUAGAUUCGCGGGAUAUUCUGGAGAUUCCCGAGGCGGAUGGCCUCAGCAGCAGUAGUCCGGUAGAUCCCUCCCUCCGUCAGGCCGGGGUACACAGUCCGCCGGCAGGCGUUUUGAUGGCGCAGGUCUCUCUGGAGCAGGCCAGAGUUCUAGGGCCUUGGAUUCGCAACAAAGUGGGGGGUUCAGUCAGACGAGGCUAUCUAUGCCUCAGUGUCCUCAGUGCGGCAAGCACCACUCGGGAGAAUGUCGUCGCGCCACCGGAGCCUGUUUUUCGUGCGGCCGUCAGGGCCACGUUAUGAGGGAGUGCCCGUACAAGGGUGGUUCAGGUUCCGCCCAACCUACUGGAUCAGUUGCUGGCUCAUCUUCUCCUUCAGUAGCCAUGCGCCCCACGGGGAGAGAUAUGCCGGCACUAGGGAGUCGUGGCAGAGGUCGCGGCGGAGCUUCUAGUUCUGGCGGUCCUUUGAACCGCGUAUAUGCUUUGACCGGCCGACAGGACCCAGGACCGUCAUCAAGCGCAGACCCAGUUUUUGGGCGAAACAGGAAUCGAGUUUGGACGAGCGUAGGAUGCAACCAAGGGGCUGCGUUACAUGCCCGCAGGUACAGACGCACCCGGUGAUACGCCGCCAGUCUAGGGCACAUAUUCUGUUAUUUUGGAGAGCUCCUUUGAUCCGGAGCGUGUACUUUUGGUAUAUAUCUUCUGACAUCUGUACAUUCUGUACGUUUGGUAAAUUCUGGGUACGGCGGGGCCCUGUCCCGUCAUAUGAUUCUGUAUGUCUGUUAGAGGCCUGUAGAUAUGUAUGUGGGUUACGGGUUGCUACGAUUCGGGUAGGUACGUAUGCUUUUGUGACUCUGUCCGCUAUGUUAGCCUCAACGGCUUAUGUGUAAGCGUCAGUAUGUUUAUGUAUGUGUAUAUUUUCGCGCGCGC